AUGUCCUCGAGCACGGAGAACAGACUGUCGUACGCGUCCAGUCCGGAGAGCGACCUGGAGGUGAGUCCGCCGCCGGCGCCCCGCCUGGUCAAGUCCUCGUCGGACCCCUCGAUCGCCACCACGCAGGACAACAUGGACCGCGACGACGACAUCAACCACUUGGCCGACGCUGUCCCUCCGCCCUACACGCAAAGCUCAUACGACGGCACGACAUACGAAUACAGCGCAUCGAAUACCGGCUCCUCGCUGGGGUCCUGCAGACUCCCUCCGAACGCGCCUGAUGACCUUAAGGUCGCGCCCCCAGGCAAAUUGGAGCCGCCGCCCCCACCCAACCCCACGGCGAUGUCGCAGAGCCCGCAGCGCAACUCGAACUCGCACGACCACCCCUCGCUCGACUAUCGGGGGCCCGAAAACAAUUACAGAUGCGCAGAAGGCUACCGUGGCGGUCGACCAAGUAACGGCGGCAGCCCGCACGCCCAACAUCCGCAGCAGCACCAGUCGCUACAACAGCACCAACAGCAGCAGCAACAGCACCAACAACAGCACCUACAACAGCAGCACCAACAACAGCACCAAACACCACACACCCCGCUGCACGCCCGCGGGCCUUCGCUACCCAGCGUCCCCACCAAUGACCACGCAAAAUACAGCGCGCGCACCAACUCUGCGUCGCAGGCGGACUACCAGCGGGGGGGCCCGGCCUACAAGCCGGUGCCGCCGCCCAAGCCCAAGCACUACCGCCCGCCGGACGCGAUGCACCACGCGCGCAACGGGAGCAUGGAGCCGCCGCAAGCCGCAGGGCCGCGGGCGGGCGCGCCGCCGCACUACUCGCACUCGCACUCGCUGUCGCAGCCGCACCAGCAGCACCAACCGCACCAGCUGCCGCAACACCAGCAGCCGCAAAUGCCGCAGAUGCCGCAAUUGCCGCAACUGCCGCAAUUGCCGCAACUGCCGCAAAUGCCGCACCAGCAGCACUCGCAGAACGCGCACCGGCCGCACGCCCACCCCAACUACCAGCAGGGGAUGUACGGCGGCCAGAUGGCGCCGCAGUCGCCGCCGUACUCGGGCCCGCCCCCCCACCACCGCGCCAUCAACCUGCCCCACAACCCGCAGCUCAUAGACCUGGCAGGUAGCAGGGAGCAGCGCGGCUCGGCCUUCGAGUUGUACAGGAAGCCGCAGCACAUGCACAAUUUAAGCUCGUCCGAUGCGAUGAACUCCAGCGCGGAGCCCGACGAAACGUUCUCGCCGAAAACCAAAAAGAAAUUGUCGAGAAAGCCGUCGUUCAUAAAGAACGCGGUGCUAGAUUUGUUCCGUUCGAAAGCGAAAAGCAAUCGAAAGGUGUCGCGUCAGAAGUCGCUCUGCGAGAGCGAUUUGCAGCAGAGGCACGCGCCGCAGGUGGCGGCGUUGAGGCGCGAGAAAUCGGACCUCAGCGAUAUGAGCAUUCACAUGAGGAACCAGCAGAUCAGGAAUCAGAUCCUGCAGAGGAGCAACUCCUCGUGCGAGAAGCCGGUCCUCAAACCGAUCCUCAAGCGGCAGAGCUCGUUCUGCGACGACAGGAACGGCUCGAUUUGCACAGUGCGCGAUUACGAAGCGAAACCUGUGUUCAAGAGUCUGAGGAGACAGAACUCUAUGUGUGAAAUAGAGACAGAGCCAAAAGUUACCCCGCUGUUACGUAGACAGAACUCCCUCAUAGAAUAUAAUAGGAAGGGAAUAUAUGGGCAGACUACGUCCAACUUUAAUAUGAUUACCAAAAUAGAUCCAAUUUACCAAAGACAGCAACAAAUAAAACACGAACCGUUCUACCCCACUCAAUCUCUACCUCCAGAACCACUCUACCAAAGCAAAGAGCACGUAGUAUACGAUCCUAUACCUAAGCCGAGGAGGACAUAUACUUCUCUUUACGAUACCUCCAGUGAGAAUCCAUACAUGAGUAGAUCGGAAAUGUCCAAUCAAAGUUUCGAGAGCCCUUAUGGCAAUCGAGAAACGGUGGCCAUGCCCCUCAUAGACCCACCAUAUGCCACCCGGUCUGAAUGCAUUCGCGACAAUCCUUAUGCAACACGAAACGAGGUCAUGGAAAGCCCUUACGGUACUAAACAAGACAUUACAAAACAAUCCGAGUCAUUUUACAGUGAAUCACCAUACUCCAGUAAGGAGCAAAUGUUAAGAUCCAGAAUAGCAUCUGAAAACCCUUACUCCACGAAGGAAGAAAUGCUGCGUCAGAGAUUUUCUGAAUCCCCUUACAAUACAAAGGAGGAAAUGUUAAAGCAAAGGAUAGAAGGGUCUUUUAACACGAAAGAUUCACUGUAUGGAAAAAGAACGUAUGAACCGCCGCCGAGCACAUCUUGGUCUGAAAACUCGUACAGCGUCAGACCUGAUAGAAGGUUGCAGACACCGUUAAACUACCCAGGCCGUGCAUCGCCCAUGAGCAAAUGCAUGAGCGAGCCACCAUAUGCCACAAGAACAGAGAUGAUGGCAAGGAUCGGCCAAACAGAUUCAGCAUAUGCGUCGAGACCCGAAAUGAAAUCCAGUUGCUCCGAAAGCAAUUACGGAAGUCGGCGAGAAAUGUGCGACAUUAGACAUGACGUUAGACCCGCUUCAGCGGAAUGUACGUACGUAACAAAGCAGGAGAUAUUAACACAAAAAGCUGCGCUAUUGGCCAACAAAGAAUCCAUAUACGGCGCUAAAUUGGAGGAGAAACUGGAGAUGAUAAAACAAAGGAAUCAGGCGAAGAAAGAAAUGAUUUACCAAACUCGGAAAGAGGCAAACGAGAGCGACUCGAUGAAAGCUCGGGAACCGCUGUACGUAUCUAAGCGGGAACUGAAAGAUACCGUCAUUUACGAAUCACAUCACGAGGCCAAAGACGUAUUACCCUCCCCUGCGAUCUCCGAAGGCAGCAGUGCCAGAAGUAGCCCGUACGAACUGAGCGACGCGAACCAUUUGUCACGGCGGGAACCUCUGUACCAAACGAAAUUGGAAGCACAGAACGCUAAAGAGCCGGAAGCGUUCCAGGAAAUCGACUUUUCAAAGCUGCGACUGACCGAAUCGAAAACGGACGCCGAGAAGGAAAAGUCCCAAGCGGAAAGCGCGAUAUUGAAGGGGGAACCGAUGUACGCACCAAGGCUGCACGGCAAGGACGAGCACAUUUCAAGCGCGCUAAAAGCGACCUCCUCGCCGAUACCGUACGAGUCGACGACAUCAAUGGAGACGCAGUACGCUUCAGAGUGCAGCAUGAACUUCGAGUGCAAACCGCAGAGCACGCCGUACGCCUCCCAAGAUCUACCAGCAAAGUCCAAUAGAACCGUCACGUUCUGCGAGAGGAUCGCCGAACGGAGCGCGGAGAACAGCCAAGACACAUCGGACAAUAACUCCUCGAGCCGCAACGAAACUACUAUCGUAAACAACGACACCACAGUGGCACAGGCGUCCCUAUCGGACGAGAACGCGAAAGAAACUGAGGAGGUCCAGCCGGACGGACCUCACACCACUUGGGGCAUUUUCGACAGCGAGGGCGGCGUGCUAGAGGACAGGCAAUGGGGCGUGUCCCUGAUAAUACCGCCGAAGGCGAUCGCGGCCGGCAUCAAGCAAAAGAUCUACUUCACGGUCUCCGACCCGCGACUGAGCCAGCGAGUGGGCGGCCCACCGAUCGAUAUGGAUAACGGUGAAGCCAUGCUGUCCCCACUAGUGAUGUGCGGGCCGCAGGGCCUGGUGUUCCUGCGGCCCGUCACGCUGCGCCUGCCGCACUGCGCGAACGCCGUCCCCUCCCUAGGCCUCACCAUAAAGGCCACCGACACCGAGGCCCACCUCAGCACCGACUGGGACCAAAUACACUUACCCGCCACGACUACCCUCAACACGGUCGCCGUCAAAGUGGACCACUUC